AAUUCUUUUGUAAAAUACAGUGAAAAUCAAUUACUAGGAAAUUGAAAUGCUGUUUGGAUGUCCAAACAAUGUCUAAUUGCUUUAAGUUUCCAGUCACUUACUCUCGAUUUCUUUACUUCUCUCAUUGCAGGAGGACAGUCAUUUACCAACACUUUGAAUAGGACUGUUGUAGAUCUUGUCAACUACCAAUAAGUGAGCUACUAAUAAUCUCACUUUCAUUCACAGCACUCUCUGACCCACUCACCAUCAUCUAUCUUUCUGUCUCACUGUCUGUAAUACCCUGGGGUAUCUAAUCUAUUGGUCCUACCACAUUUUUACCACCUUGAUGAGGCCAUCAGAAUGAUUUCCUUGAAGACACUCUUGGUUUGUUCUCCUUGCUUGGCAAAACUAUCAUCUGGUUAAGUCUGACUUCUACCUCCUCUGCACUUGCACUUAUGCAUCUGAACUGGAAAGAAGAAAAACACAUCCACUUUUAAGUUCAUGGCUACAACCCUUAAGGGGGCCAUUACUGUUGCCUGGAAGUCAUAUUCUGCUGUACUUUCCUAGGUCCUUUGCUUUCCCACUACUGUUUCACACUGGCUUCUCUCAUUGUAAAAAAAAAGUGGUGGGGCGGGGGGCAGGUCUGUUCUCCUCUAACUUCACAGGGAAGAAGAAUCAUUAUCAGCAUCAACAGCCCAAGGCUGAUUGCUAUGAGCUGAGGUCAGACUUGCCUCCAUCCUUGAAACUUUUUACCAAUUCCAACACUACCCUUUCCUACCAAGACAUUCCCUGCUUCUUUGCUGAGUUUGAUAAUUCAUUGCAAUGGCAGCACAGAACUCAAUACCCAUGAUUAUGGGUUUAUUAGGGAAGUUAUUGUUGUUGUUAGGCACUCUCGAGUCCGUUCCGACUCAUAGUGGCCCUAUGUACCACAGAACGAAACACUGCCUGGUCCUGGGCUGUCCUUACAAUUGUUCUUAUGCUUGAAUUCAUUGUUGGAGCCACUGUGUCAGUCCAUGUCAUUGAAGGUCUUCCUCUUUUCUGCUGACCCAGUACUUUACCAAGCAUGAUGUCCUUCUCCAGGGACUGAACCCUCCUCACAACAUGUCCAAAGCAUGUAAGACGCAGCCUCACCAUCCUUGCUUUUAAGGAGCGUCCUGGUUGUACUUCUUUCAAGACAGAUUUGUUCAUUCCUUUGGCAGUCCAUCCAACAUUCUUUGCCAGUACCACAAUUCAAAGGCGUCAGUUCUUCUUCAGUUGUCUUUAUUCAUUGUCCAGCUUUCACGUGCAUGUGAUACAACUGAAAAUACCAUCCCUUGGGUCAGGCACAUCUUAGGCUUCAAGGUGACGUCUUUGCUUCUCAACACUUUAAAGAGGUCUUUUGCAGCAAAUUUACCCAAUGCAAUGUGUCUUUUGAUUUCUUGACUGCUGCUUCCACGGCUGUUGAUUGUGGAUACAAGUAAAAUGAAAUGCUUGACUUCCGUCUUUUCCUGUGGCUUAUUGGUCCAGUUGUGAGGAUUUUUUUCUUUAUGUUGAGGUAUAAUACAUACUGAAGGCUGUGGUCUUUGAUCUUUAUCAGUAAGUGCUUCAAGUCCUGUUCACUUUCAGCAAGCAGGGUUGUGUCAUCUGCAUAACCCAGGUUGUUAAUGAGUGUUCCUCCAAUCCUGAUGCCCCAUUCUUCAUAUAGCCCAGUUUCUCAGAUUAUUUGCUCAGCAUACAGAUUGAAUAGGUAUGGUGAAAGGAUACAACCCUGACGCACACCUUUCUUGAUUUUAAACCACUCAGUAUCCCCUCGUUCUGUCCGAACAACUGCCUCUUGAUCUGAUUUACAGGUUCCUCAUGAGCACAUUGACUGUGCUCUGGAAUUCCCAUUCUUCACAAUGUUAUCUCUAAUUUGUUACGAUCUACAUGGUCGAAUGCCUUUGCAUAGUCAAUGAGAUACAGGUAAACAUCCUUCUGGUAUUCUCUGCUUUCAGCCAGGAUCCAUCUGACGUCAGCAGUGAUAUCCCUGGUUCCAUGUCCUCUUCUGAAUCCGGCCUGAAUUUCUGGCAGCUCCCUGUCGAUAUACUGCUGCAGCCGCUUUUGAAUGACCUUCAGCAAAAUUUUGCUUGCGUGUGGUAUUAAUGAUAUUGUUCAGUAGUUUCCACAUUUGGUUAGAUCACCUUUCUUGGGAAUAGGCAUAAAUAUGACUCUCUUCCAGUCGGUUGGCCAGGUGGCUGUCUUCCAAAUUUCUUGGCGUAGACGAGUGAGCACUUUCAGUGCUGCAUCCGUUUGUUGAAACAUCUCAACUGAUAUUCCAUCAAUUCCUGGAGCCUUGUUUUUCGCCAGCGCCUUCAGUGCAGCUUGGACUUCUUCCUUCGGUACCAUUGGUUCCUGAUCAUAUGCUACCUUUUGAAAUGGUUGAACAUCAACUAAUUGUUUUUAGUAUAAUGAUUCUGUGUAUUCCUUCCAUCUUCUUUUGACGAUUCCUGCGUUGUUUAAUAUUUUCCCUAUAGAAUCCUUCACUAUUGCAACUUGAGGCUUGAAUUUUUCUUCAGUACUUUCAACUUGAGAAAUGCCAAGUGUGUUCUUCCCUUUUGGUUUUCUAUCAUCGGCUCUUUGCACAUGUCGUUAUAAUACUUACUCUACUCGAGCUGCCCUUUGAAAUUUUCUGUUCAGUUCUUUUAUUUCAUCAUUUCUUCCUUUUGCUUUAGCUGCUCGACAUUCAAGAGCAAGUUUCAGAGCCCUCUCUGACGUCCAUCUUGGUCUUUUCUUUCUUUCAUGUCUUUGCAAUGACUUCUUGCUUUCUUCAUGUAUGAUGUCCUUGCACAAUUCGUCUGGUCUUCGGUCAUUAGUAUUCAGCAGGUUAAAUCUAUUCUUGAGAUGGUCUCUAAAUUCAGGUGGGAUAUACUCAAAUUUGUGCUUUGGCUCUUGUGGACCUGCUCUGAUUUUCUUCACUUUCAACUUGAACUUGUGUAUGAGCAGUUGAUGAUCUGGUCCACAGUCUGUCCCUGGCCUUGUUUUGACUGAUGAUAUUGAGCUUUUCCAUCAUCUCUUUCCACAGAUGUAGUCGAUUUGGUUCCCGUAUAUUCCAUCUGAUGAGGUCCAUGUGUAUAGUCAUCAUUUAUGUUUGUGAAAAAAGGUAUUUGCAAUGAAAAAGUUGUCGGUCUUGCAAAAUUCUGUCAUUCGAUCUUAGGAAUUGUUUCUGUCACCAAGGCCAUAUUUUCCAACUACCUAUCCUUCCUUGUUUCCAGCUUUCAGAGUCCAAUCACCAGUAAUUAUCAAUGCAUUCUGAUAGCAUAUUCGAUCAAUUUCAGACUGCAGAAGCUGAUAAAAAUCUUACAUUUCUUCAUCUUUGGCCUUAGCGGUUGGUGCGUAAAUUUGAAUAAUAGUUGUAUUAACUGGUUUCUUUGUAGGCGUAAGGAUAUUAUCCUAUCACUGACAGCGUUGUACUUCAGGAUAGAUCUUGAAAUAUUCUUUUUGACAAUGAAUGCAACACCAUUUCUAUUCAAGUUAUCACUCCCAGCAUAGUAGAAUAUAUGAUUGUCCCGUUCAGAAUGGCCAAUACUAGUCCAUUUCAGCUUACUAAUGCUUAGGAUAUUGAUGUUAUGUGUUCCAUUUCAUUUUUGACGUUUUCCAGUUUUCCUAGAUUCAUACUUUGUACAUUCCAGGUUCUGAUUAUUAGUGGAUGUUUGCUGCUGUUUCUUUUCAUUUUGAAUCAUGCCACAUCUGCAGAUGAAGGUCCCAAAAGCCUUCAUCCAUAUCAUUAAGGCUGACUCUGCUUUGAGGAGGCAGCUCUUCCCCAGUUGUCCUUGAGUGCCUUCCAACCUGGGGAGCUCAUCUUCCAGCACUAUAUCAAACAGUGUUCUCCUGCUAUUCAUAAGGUUUUCACUGGCCAAUUCUUUUCUGAAGUAGACUGCCGGGUCCUUCUUCCUAGUCUGUCUUAGUCUGGAAGCUCAGCUGAAACCUGCCCUCCAUGGGUGAUCGUGCUGGUGUCAGAAUACUGGAGGCAUAGGUUCCAGCAUCACAGCAACACGCAAAGCCCUCACAGUAUGACAAACCGACAGAUACUUGGGGGAUUAGGGAAAGUAACAGGCUACACAAUGCAGGAUCAGAAAGGACUCAGGAUACAGUUUUUUGCUCAGGACAGUUCUCAGCUGUGCCCACAGGCAGGCCCCUCUCUGGCCCUUGCCCCUCAGCCUGUCUGCUCACCAAGUGUUACAAAGCUCUUUAGCUCCGCCGUGUGCCUAGAGGUACCUCAAACUCCACCCAGAAGCCUCCUACCUGAAGGCUGUUAGCUUUCUCUCUGUGUGGGCGUGGAAGUUCACUGUGCCGCCUCCUGCAGGUUUCCUGGUUCUCCUGCCUCUGCUGCCACUGUUUUCUCUCACUGCUUCUCAACGUCUCGCUGUCUUCAGUGUUACAGCUCUCUCUCUGUCUCCUGGGUCUAGGAGGGUCUCGGUAAAGGGAGCCUGAAUCCAAACGACAUGCUCUGCUCCCAUCUGUUCUUCUUUGUGGUAGUCAGUUCCCCCCAGUGCUCUGCGAUUGGCUCCCUUUUAAGCCUUGAACAGGAUGGCAAAACUGACCUGUCCCCUCAUUAGGGUUCCAUAUACCUUACUUGCAUAGUCCCACCUACCACAAGGUGCUGUGGACCCUAUCUGCAUUAUUAACAAGCUGUCCAAUCCCUCUGAUGGGCCAUAAGCACCUUAUUUGCAUAGUCCCACCCAGUCUUUUGGUAGGAGUUACAAGACUAUGACUAGAAAGGCAUAUAAAAGCUAUCCAUCCCACUGCACUUACCAACCCCAACAUCACCUCCUUCAUCCUCACUCUUAACUGAUGACCUUCAGAAAUUAGCAAGUUAGAAGAGAAAGCCCACAGAUUCUCACGAUAUUUAUCAUUGGGUUAUGCAAGAUUAAAAUGACUUCUUUUAUCUUAGUAAUAGAUUCUGCCUUAAGGUCUGUGUUACCUAUUAUGCAUAGUGGUAAACCGGAAAUCAGAAGCGUUUUCUUGGUUAUAUCAUUUUUUAAUUAAUUUCCUUUAAACCUUUCUGUGUCCUCAGGCUUUCUGUAUGGAGGAUGAACAUUAAGCAAUCGCACAGUUAUUUAACUGCAGUUAUGCAAAGCGCUGGAACAGAAAAUAGCGUUGGUAAUAUGCGUAUAACAUGUACCAGUUGUCAACAAGUUGAUUCUGACCAAUGACGACCCCGUGUGUGUCAGAGUAGGACUGUGCUCCAUAGGGUUUUCAGUGGCUGUUUUUUCAGAGCUAGAUCACCCACCAGGCCUUUCUUCCAAGGCACUCUGGGUGAACUUGAACAUUCAGCCUUUCUGUUAGCAGCCAAGCAAGUUAAUCCAGUUAACCAUUAGCACUACCCACUGACUCCAAUAUGCAUAUAAAUAGGGAUCAUAUUAGUCUGUUAAGACUUUAAGAUACCCAAGUAAGGAAUAUUCUUCUUCUUUUUUUUUUUUUAAAGCAGGCAACAUCACCAGUACACUUUCUUGCUGGAAAUAUUUAACGUGAAUCUAGCUAUGAAGAAACAAUCAGACAAAUCCAGAUUGUGGGACAUACUGAAAAACAGCUGGCUUGUGAUCUUCGAAAAUAUCAAUGCCAUGAAAGACAAACAAAAUAAAACAAAAAGUAGGGGGGACUGAUUAGAUUAAGGUCGCUUUCCUGUUGCAUCUUUGAUAUAGUUUCCUAGACUCUGCUCCAUGAUUUAACUCAAUUCUGAAAUGAAGAUGGAGGAGGCAGUGGGAAAAGUCGAAGAACUCAUUGAGUCUGAAGUCCCACCAAAAACAUCCGAACAAGAGACAGCCAAGGAGGAAGAUGGAUCUGUAGAACUGGAACCUCAAGUUCAGAAAGAUGGUGUUGCAGAUUCUACAGUUCUUUCUUCAAUGCCUUGCUUAUUGAUGGAACUGAGAAGGGACUCUUCUGAGUCUCAGUUAGCAUCCACAGAGAGUGACAAACCGACAACUGGCCGAGUUUAUGAGAGUGACUCCUCUAACCACUGCAUGCUUUCCCCUUCCUCUAGUGGUCACCUGGCUGAUUCAGAUACAUUGUCUUCUGCAGAAGAGAAUGAACCCUCCCAGGCAGAAACAACAGUAGAAGGAGACCCUUCCGGAGUGUCUGGUGCCACAGUUGGGCGCAAAUCUAGGCGGUCCCGAUCUGAAAGUGAAACAUCCACUAUGGCUGCCAAGAAAAACCGGCAAUCCAGUGAUAAACAGAAUGGCCGAGUUGCCAAGGUUAAAGGUCAUCGGAGCCAAAAGCACAAGGAAAGAAUCAGGCUACUGAGGCAGAAACGAGAGGCUGCUGCACGGAAGAAAUACAACCUGCUGCAGGACAGUAGUACCAGUGAUAGUGACCUGACUUGUGACUCGAGCACAAGCUCGUCGGAUGAUGAUGAAGAGGUUUCAGGGAGCAGCAAGACAAUCACUGCAGAGAUACCAGAUGGACCUCCAGUUGUAGCUCAUUAUGAUAUAUCUGACACCAGCUCUGACCCAGAAGUGGUAAAUGUGGACAAUUUAUUGGCGGCUGCAGUAGUUCAAGAGCACAGUAAUUCUAUAGGAGGCCAGGACACAGGAGCUACCUGGAGGACCAGCGGGCUUCUAGAGGAGCUGAAUGCGGAGGCAGGUCAUUUGGAUCCAGGUUUCCUAGCAAGUGACAAAACAUCCGCUGGUAAUGCACCGCUCAAUGAAGAAAUUAAUAUCGCCUCUUCAGAUAGCGAAGUGGAGAUUGUGGGGGUUCAGGAACAUGCAAGGUGUGUUCAUCCUCGAGGAGGUGUGAUCCAGAGUGUUUCUUCAUGGAAGCAUGGUUCAGGCACGCAGUAUGUUAGCGCCCGGCAAACACAGUCAUGGACUGCUGUGACUCCCCAGCAGAGUUGGGCUUCACCUGCGGAAGUUGUUGAUCUUACCUUGGAUGAGGAUAGCAGACAAAAGAUGAACCGUAAUGAAAUUGGCUAUGAGGUGAAUAUUGUACAAGAGAACACCACUGACUUUUUGAUUUUAUAUUAAAAGUCAUUCAGGCAGCAAGCACUUUUAACUUGGGGAGUCCAUUACUAGGCUUAAGGGGUAGCUCUGAAUCAUGAGAAUUUCUUUCAUGCUUCAAGUCCCAGGAGGAUAUGGCUUCAUAAGCCCGUAGAGCCGAGCUGGAAAACCAUACUUUAAAUUUGCUUGUGCUUACUCAGAUUUGCUUUUAUAGAGUCUUUUGGCUUUUUGCUUUGUGAGUGAUUGUGUCCCUCUUCCUUCCUUCUCCAUUUGUGUGUUAUGACUCCCAAGUGGGAUUCGAGGCGCCACAAGAGCAAGAGCCAUAUCAUCCCUCUCCGUUUCUCAGGGAGUCUAGGACAGGCUUUGUACAUAUACCUGGUUAUGCAGUGCUGCCAGAAAAAAAGUGCUUAGAAGCCUUAGUAUGCAGGAGUCAUCUCUUUUUUUAUCUCCACCGAAAUCUCAUGAUUGUGUGCUUUUUUUUUUUUCAUUGUAAUAGUACUCAUUCACUUAUUAAAUACUCUCCGAUCUUGUCACAGAGGCUACUAUAGCAACAUGAUAGAACUCCCUCUUGCCUUCACAGAGCUUAUAUUAUCCUGGAAUGUAACAGGCACCUAGUGUUUGCCUGUACAUUCCCUUUUCCUUUCUGGUAGCAGAACCAUACAUUACUUUGGAGAACCCAUUCCAUGUGUCAGGAUGGAGAUAACAGGGUCACCCAGGCACACAGACAGAUGCAUGACUGGAGUACCCCACCCCUCCUGCCUGAUUGGUUCAGAGUUGGUCAUGUGUCUUAAGUCAAGCCAAUCAAGGCCUCCCUAGAACAGACCUAUUGCAGAAUCAUUGCCCCUUUCUGCAGGACUUGCUAAACUGAAAAAGGCUAUAUGUGAGUCUGAGGUUAGUAAUGUCCAUGGUACCUUGCCAGAUGGAGAGAGCUUGUCCAAGAAAUAGAGACAGAAUCCUGGCAGCAUGAUUCGAACUCCUAGAUCCAGCUUUGCCUGAAGCUAAAACUCUUGGAAUUUUUAGUUACAUGAAUGUUCUUAAGUGUCGCUUAGCCAAAUUCUCCUUUAAGAGUCUAAAGUCACUCCAGCACUCAACAUGCAAUUUGUUGUAUGGGGUUUUUUUUUUUUUCUUUGACAAAAGGAUGAAUACAACAACUAUUAACCAGUUAUGGCAAGAUUUCUACAUUCUUUUUAAAAGGGGUGUGUGUGUGUGUGUGUGUGUGUGUGUGUGUGUGUAGCAACAAGUAAAUAACUGUAAUAGCUAACAUUUAUUGAACACUGACCCAGCAGGAUAUCUCAGGCACCGUGUUAAAUGCUUUACUCAUGACUGGGCCAAUAAACAUCAUGAUAAAUGGAGAAAAAAUUGAUGAUACCAAGGAUUUUGUUCUACUUGGAUUAAUAAUCAAUGUCCAUGGAAGCAGCAGUCAAGAAAUCAAACAACAUAUUGCAUUAGGCAAAUCUACUGCAAAAGACUUCUUUAAAGUUUUGAAAAGCAAAGAUGUCACUUUGAUCACUAGGGUGUGCCUGACCCAAGCCAUGGCCUUUUCAUUCACCUCAUAAAUGCGUAUGAAAGCUGGACAAUGAAAAAGGAAGACAGAAGAAUUGAUGCAUUCAAAUCAUGAUGUUGACAAAGAAUAUUGAAUAGACAGACUGGACAGUCAGAAGAAUGAACAAAUUAGUCUUAGAAGAAAUACAGUCUGAAUGCUCCUUAGAAGUGAGUAUGGCGAGGCUUCGUCUUGCUUACUUUGGACACAUCAGAAAAAACCAAUUGCAAGAAAAGGAUAUCAUGUUUCGUAGAGGGUCAGCGAAAAUGAGGAAAACCCUUAAUGAGCUGAAUUAACACAAUAGCCUCAAUAAGGGGUUCAAACAUACCAAAGAUCAUGGAGCUGCUGUAGGACCAGGCAGCGUUUCAUUCUGUUGUACAUAAGGUCACCAUGAGUUGAUGCCUACUCAAAAAUAACUAGGAACAAACAACAUGUAUUAACCCCUUUAAUUCUCAAAAUGACCCUAUGAGGUAGUUGCUAUUAUCUUUUAUAGGUAAAGAAACCGGGUCACUAGAAAGUGGCAGCCCCAAUACUUGGACCCACACGGUUUGCCUCCAGAGCAGAUGCUCUGUAAACACUGCCGCUAGCUCUCGUGUGAAAAAAGCAUGUCAUUUUUUACAAAAUUUCAUGCCCAUCUUUGAAGCAGUUGCUCAGGUUUUGCCCUCAGAGCUGAGCUUUAGGUUGUGGGCAAAUCUCUCCAUCCCUCUGUCCAAGCAGAAUUUUUGGACUGCUCAGUCCCUAGAGAAAGAUUCACCCUGAUAAUAAUGUAUUUUGAGCCCUUCCCAGGCUUUGUUCUGAACAAAUGUAAUGCUGUGUCUGCACUGCACACACGGGCUGUGCCUCAAACUUCCGGGCAGCCAUAAGACUGCUAGGAAGGAAGCACGUACACUCACUGGCAUCAGCCGUUUCAUGGGUGCUACAUCCAUCUGAUUGAGCUGAACACAUAUUACACCUACACAGUGUUGCAAAGCGAAAGCCAUUAUUCAUAGGAAACAAACAGUAAAGAAUAACAGAUUCUCAAAGAGGAAAAGCUUACCCUUCCCCCAAUUACUCGUGUCCAUUCUUAUGUUUUAUUCUUACGUUGCUGGGCAGGCACCUGGUGGUUCAGGUCAGAUGCUGUGCUCAUGUCACUGCUGCCUCUGGCCACCACCACACUACCUGGGCCUGUGGGGAUCUCUCGCUGCCACACUACCUGGGCCCUCACUGCCUGGGGGUGGGUGGAAGUGUGCAAUCCCUGCAUGAGGCACACUCAGGCCUCUCUUGCCCUGAACAAGCAAGUGUUAUAGCUCUUUUAGCUCCACUAGCAAGCCACCUGCCCAGAGGCAUUCGGCCUCACCCUGUUUUUAAGAAGAGCCCCGUACAGGAUCCUACUAGGCAGCCCCCUGCACAGGGCACACUCAGGCCUCUGCCCCGUACAGGUAAGUGGUUACAGCUCUUUUAGCUCUGCUGGCAAGCCUUCUGCCCAAAGGCACUCAGCUCUUGCACUGUGGGGCAACAAGCCCACCACAGUCACCUCACUGCAUGGGCCACCAGGCCCACUACCCACUGUCUCGCCAUCUUGUACCAUCUUCACUGUUAAAGCUCUUUCUUCAAUGUCUAGGAGGUUCUCAGCAUGGGGACCCUGAGUCCUUGGUCCUAGGGAUAUGCUCUAUUCCAGGCUCUUGUUGAUGGUAGUAAGGUCUCCCUGAACCUCUGUGGGGUUGGCUUUUACAUAAGCAGAAUCCUUGUCCAUUUCAAGGCAUGGUCCUCCUAGCUGGACCAUGAACUGACCAAUUGCCCCUGUAGACCAUAAAUCACUCAGUUUGCAUAGUUCCAGCCAGUCGUUUUGUGGGAGUUACAAGACCAUGGCUAGAAAGGCCAUAUUAAAGCAAUUUACUGCACCACAACAAAUACAGUAAUUUUAGAACAACGAUAAGCAUUGUCCUAAGUACUUGAGAGGUUUUAGCUCAUUUAACCCUCACAACAGCCCUAUGAGGUAAAUUCUUUUAUUAUCCUAUCCAUUUGUCAGUUGAAAACCCUAAAGAAUCUACAAAAAAGUUACUAGAAUAAGUUCAGUAAGGCUGCAGGAUAAAAGAUCAAUAUACAAAAAUCAAUUGUAUUUCUGUACACUAGCAGUAGACAGUUUGAAAAUGCAAUUAAGAAAAUUUCACUUACUGUAGCAUCAAAAGAAUAAAAUACUUAGGAACAAAUUUAACAAAAUGUAAGACUUGUACACUGAAAACUACAAAGCAUAGUUGAACAAAAUUAAAGAAGAUCUAAAUAAAUGGAAAGAUAUUCCAUGUUUAUGGAUUGGAACACUUAAAUAUUGUUAAGCUUGCAAUACUCUCCACAUUGAUCUACAGAUUCAAUGCAGUUCCUAGCAGAAUUCCAGCUGCCUAUUUAUUCAUUGUAGAAACUGACAAGUUUAUCCUAAAAUUCAUAUGAAUGUGGAAGGGACAUAGGAUAGCCACAGUAAUAAUGAACAAAUUUGAAGGACUCACACUUCCUGAUUUAAAAAGUUAGUACAAAGUAAUGGUAAUCAGGACAGUAUGGUACUGGCAAAGGAGAGACAUAAAAGUAUCAAUGGAACAGUUAAGAGUCCAGAAAUGAACCGGUAUAUUUGUGAUCAGUUGAUGUUCAAAAAGGAAGCCAAGACAAUUCAAUGAGGAAAAAAAAAAGGGGGUUUUCCAACAAAUAGUGUUGGGACAACUGGAUAUCCACAUGCAAAGGAAGACUAAGACCCCUGCCUCACACCGUAUGCAAAAAUUAAAAAUGGAUUAUAAGCCUAAAUGUAAAAACGAAAACUAUAAAAUUCUCAGAAGAAAACAUAGGUAUAAAAUUUUAUGGCAUUUUGCUAGUCAGUGAUUUCUUAGCUAUGACACCAAAAGCACAAGUGGACAAAAAAUAGGUAAAUUGGACUUCAAAAAAACGAAAAACUUCCGUGUUUCACUAUCAAAAAAGUGGAGAGAUAACCCCCAGGAAUGGAGGGAAUAUUUGCAAAUCACACAUAUGAUAAGGGGCUUGAAUCCAGAAUAUAGAAAGAACUAUUAUAAUUCAACAAUCAAAGAAUUAACCCAAUUUAAAACUGGGCAAAGAUUUGAAUAGACAUUUCUCCAGAGAAGAUACACAAAUGACCAAUCAGCGCAUGAAAAUUUACUCAACAUCAUUAGUUGUUAGGGAAAUACAAAUAAAAAUCUCAAAUUAGUAUGGCUGUAAUAUAAAUAAUGGAUAAUAAACAAGUGUUGGCAAGGUUGUGGGGGAAUUGGAACCACUAUACGUUGCUGGUGGGAAUGUAAAGUGAAGCAACCCCUUUGGAAAACAAUUUGGCAGCUCCUUAAAAAGUUAAACAGAGUUACCACGUGACCCAGCAAUUCCACUCCAAUGUUAUUUACCUAAGGAAAUUAAAAACCUAUGUCCAUGUAAAAAACUUGAACAUGAAUAUUCAUAGCAGGAUUCUUGAUAAUAGCAAAAAAAGUGGAAAUAACCCAAAUAACCACCAACUGAUGUGGUAUAUCCAUACAGUGGAGUAUUAUUCAGCCAUAAAAAGGAAUGAAGUACAGAUUCAUGCUACAGCAUGGAUGAGCCUUAAAAAUAUUAUGCUAAGCGAAAGAAGCCAGUGAGAAAAGACCACAUAUUGUAUGAUUCCAUUUAUAUUAAAUGUCCAUAAUAGACAAACCCACAGAAACAGAAAAAUGAGUGGUUGUCAGGGAGAGGGGUGGGAAUGACUGCUAGUGGGUGGGGGGUUUUUUGGGGGAUGAUGAAAAUGUUCUAAAAUUACGUAGCGGUGAUGGUUGCACUUUUCUGAAUAUACUAAAAACCACUGAAUUGUACACCUUGAAAGGGUGAAUUUUAUAUGAAUUCUAUCUCAAUAAAACUAAUUAAAAAUAGUUACCUUUGGAAAUGAUGGUGCUUUAAGCUAUUAAUAUCUUGCCAUGAAUGGGUGUCACACACUUUGCAAAAAAAUGGACUUAGAUAGUGGAGGUAGAAAGAGUAGGAGGGUACAAGUGAGCUAUGAAAAGGGACCCAAAAGACCAAGAUGGCAAUGGUUGAAGGCAAGAUGACCACUUCCUCACU